AUGGAGAAGGAGGAUAGAGAUAAAAUAGAAAAGGAAUCUGAGGAAAAAAUAGCCAAAUUUUUGGAGGAACUGAAAAGGGCUAAACUAGUAAUUGAUGAAGAAACUUCCAAGAUCACAUCAAAAAAUGUUGUACCUGAGAAGAAUGAUUAUCAAGGGGAUAGAUUCAUUCAUAAAAAUCUACUUAUCUCAAUAACAAAGAAACUUGACUUAAAUGAUCUUGUAUUAAGGGCUAAAUUAGCUAAAGGCAUGGGCCAUAAUUAUUAUGGCGAGCCUGCUUGGCCCAAUGAUCUCUUAUAUAUUUUUCCAAUAGUUAUUUUUGUUACUAUUGCAUGUACCAUAGGUUUAGUACUUCUAGAACCAUCAAUGAUUGGUGAACCGGCAAAUCCAUUUGCAACUCCUUUGGAAAUAUUACCCGAAUGGUAUUUUUUCCCCGUAUUUCAAAUACUUCGUACAGUACCUAAUAAAUUAUUAGGUGUCCUUUUAAUGGAUUCAGUACCUGCAGGACUAUUGACAGUCCCUUUCUUGGAGAAUGUGAAUCAAUUUCAAAAUCCAUUUCAUCUUCCAGUAGCUACAACAAUAUUCUUAUUCGGUACCGUAGUAGCUCUUUGGUUAGGUAUUGGGGCAACGUUACCUAUCAAUGAAUCUUUAACUCUAGCUCUUUUCCAAUUUGAUCUAAUUUAG